AUGCUGCAGAACACAAUUGACCUGUUCCGCCAAGCGCCGCCAGGCCUGGGUUUGGCUGUUUGCGCCGUCUUCAUCGGCUUGUUCCUCAUCCUUCUACGACUCGCUCGUCCCAAGCCCAUCCCGGGCAUCCCGCACAACGUCGAAGCAGCAAACUCCAUCUUUGGCGACCUUCCCGAGUUCAGAGCCGCCACAGACCGCAGGGAGUGGUGGGUAACCCAGAUCAUCAAGCACCAGUCGCCUCUGGUCCAGGUCUUUAUCCGUCCUUUUGGUCUGCCGUGGGUGUUUGUGGCCGAUCACUGGGAGGCUGUGGACAUCGCGACGCGUCGUCUGAAGGAGUUUGACAGAGCUGAUGAGACCAUCUAUGCUUUUGAGGGCGUCGCUCCGAGCCAUCACAUAACGAUGCGCUCUUCGAACCCUCAGUUCAAGAAGAACAAGGAACUUGUUCGAGACUUGAUGUCGGUCAAUUUUUUGCAAGAUGUUUCUUCCCCUGAGAUUUACGACAAGUUUUCUCUUCUCGUGGAUCUCUGGAAUAGCAAGGCCCGUUUCUCCAACGGACGACCGUUUGACGUGGGUAAAGAUAUCCACAAUGCCGCCCUUGACAUCGUCAUGGCUGCUUCGUUUGGUCUCGGCCUCGAACAUUCUCAGGUUGCCAAGCAAAUCAGAGAGCUUGAGAGUGCAUCAAGCCCAGGCGGACAAGAUGAUGUUUUCGAGUUCAAACACGUGCCCAUUGACGAUGAAAUUGGAGCCUUUACGAUAUUGGCAGACAGUAUCGCCGUUGCUGUUAGGUCGCCCCUGCCAAGGCUAGGUCACUUUCUGUACCGGAAUCUUUCCCCGAUGAUGAGACGAGCUGCAGCAGGUCGGGAUAGGCUUAGGAACCGUGAGAUUGCAAAGAGUGUUGAGCGGAGGGAGUCUGAACAUCCACAGCGAUGCGCCUUGGAUAAUAUGCUGGCCCGAGAAGAUGUAAUUGCUGAGAAGGAGGGUCGGAAGCCAAACUAUUACUCUCAAGUUAUCCUGAGCGAGCUCCUCGGAUACCUAGUGGGAGGCCACGACACCACCUCAUCUGCUCUACGCUGGUCAUGCAAGUACAUGACUGAAGACCAGCGUGUGCAAUCCCUUCUCCGAAAGGCUCUCUACGAAGCAUACCCCGAAGCAGCGGCCGAGAACCGUGUCCCAACAAUUGCCGAGAUCACCAAGAACCAGCACAUCGCUUAUCUUGACGCUGUCAUUGAGGAGUGUCUUAGACAUGCACGUCCUGGUGCCAUCACUUUCCGCCAAGCCAUGGUUGACACUCAAAUUCUUGGCGUUCAUAUUCCAAAGGGCACGAAUGUAGGCUUGAUGGCUUGCGGACCGGGUAUCCUGACACCAAGAAUCGAGGUCGACUAUAGUAAACGAUCAGCCAAUUCCAAAGCGAGCAUGGAAAAGAUCCCAGCCUUUGACGAGUCCAACAUAAGAGAAUUCCUCCCCGAGCGCUGGCUCAGAACCCAAAAGACUGACUCUGGAGAAGAAGAGACCGUGUUUGAUCCCAACAGCGGACCAGCUCAAGCCUUUGGUCUCGGUCCUCGGAGUUGCUUUGGAAAGAAGUUGGCGUACAUGGAGCUGCGGAUUUUCUUCACCAUGAUCUUCUGGGAGUUCAAGAUGAACACUGUUAAGCCAGAGUUGAGAGGGCACGAUGAGAGUGUUACUCUGACGAGGUCGCCGAAGUAUGUCUAUGUGAGUUUGGAAAAGACAGGACCUCAGCAGAGUGUUUAG